AUGACUCAAACCAGCAAGGUGAACGUCCUGGAGGACUACCGGGUUGCACCACCAUCAGAGUCUAGUAGUGGUUUCGAUCAUCUCACCGGCAAUCAUUCAAGAGACACUGAUGAAUUUUACACUCUUGUACCUCAAAUGCCACCGGUUAUAACCAAUGUGUCUGGUGCAUUAGUAGCCCCACUACUAGCUCUUCAAGUGACCCUUUUCCCCAACGUUGGUGGAGACGCGGCGUUGUUAAAGGAUGAUCAACUCCUUCCUCUUUACGACAGGACCGUGAUCAAAGAUCCGAAAGGUUUGGAAGAAAUUUUUUGGAGACAGUUGCAGGAUUUGAAAUUUGAAGUAUCUCCAUUUCAUUUUCUACCAACCAACAAGGUUCGAGCUACUUUUAUCAUCCGCCAAGUGGAUGUCAAACAACUCAAGAAAUCGGUCUCAACCAGUCGACCAAUGCUGCCAUACGUAUCAACCUUCACAUUAGCAUGUGCUUAUGUAUGGUCUUGCAUGAUGAAAUCACGUUUAGGCAAUGGGGAAGAGAUUGAUGAAGAUGAUUUGGACUUCUUCAUUUGUUCUGUGGAUUGUCGACCCCGUGUGAAUCCACCAUUACGGACAACUUACUUCGGCAAUUGCAUAGCCCCAGUUUUUGUGAAGGCAAAGACUACCCAACUCUUGGGUGAAGAGGGUUUUUUCAUGGCAGCAGAGUUGAUCGGAGAAGCCAUUCACAACAAACAGCACAACGAGGAAGGAGGAGGAGGAGUGUUGAAUGGUAUAGAGAAUUGGUUCUCAGAGGUCGAAGUUUUGAAAUUGGGCCGAAUUGUUAGCGUUGCUGGGUCACCCAAAAUGGGCUUUUAUAGUAUAGAUUUCGGGUGGGGAGGGCCCAAGAAGAUUGAAAUUCUUUCGAUAGAUGUUACUGAGGGAGAUCUGGAGGUUGGGGUGUCUUUACGCAAGAUUAAAAUGGAUGCUUUUGCUAGCAUCUUCGCUGAUGGCAUUAAGAACCUAUAG